AUGAAGAAGUUUGAAGUGGCUCAAGGCAAAACCCUACAGCACAUCUCCUUUGACGAAGAGGCUUUAACAAUACACUAUGAAAUACUAAAUACUCUUGGCCGAGGAUCAUUUGCAGAAGUAAAAUUGGCUAACCAUCUACUCACCCAGACAAGGGUAGCAAUAAAAGGUCUUUCAAAAGGUACAAAGAACAUCUUCAUCAAAUCAGAAAUUGAAAUAAUGAAAUCUCUAGACCAUCCCAAUAUCAUUAAACUUUUGCACAUAAUUGACACCACAAAUAACAUUUAUAUGGUUAUGGAACAUGCCUCAGGUGGAGAACUAAUGGACAAGAUUUUGGAGUCUGGCUACCUACCAGAGGAGGAGUCCCGUAAGGUAUUUAAACAGAUGGUAUGUGCCCUCCAGUAUUGUCACAGGAAAGGGAUUGCUCACAGGGAUCUAAAGCCUGAAAAUAUAUUAGUGGAUGGCAAAGGCAAUAUAAAACUCAGUGAUUUUGGACUGGGCACCAAGCUUAUCAUGGGGCAGAAGCUGACACAUUUCUGUGGGACUCUUCCUUAUUGCGCCCCAGAACUCUUUAAACGUGAAGGCUACGAUGGCCUAGCAAUCGACAUCUGGAGCUUGGGGGUUGUGCUAUACUUUAUGUCGACAGGGUGCCUCCCUUUCAUGGGAGUUACCAUUGAAAUACUAAAGGAGAGAAUCUUGGCAGGAAAGUACUCUGUUGAAUUCAAGUUGUCACCUGAGCUUUGGUAUGUUGUUGCUAAGUUGUUAACUGUAAAUCCCGAAAAAAGACCAAGGAUAGAUGACGUUGUGGGCUUUCAAUGGCUAAAGCAUGGAAAUGAAGUUCUUCCCAACCCCUUUAGAAAGAACAAUGAGGACAGCUACCCAGACCCCAGUGUGAUGGGCAUCAUGGGCAUCAUGGGUUAUAAGCAAGGAGAGAUAAUGGAAGCUUUAUGGGAGAAUAAGUUUGAUCAGGUGAUGGCCACCUACUUGAUUCUUAGGCAGCAGUCACUCUGGGAAGACAGCUUUAUAGAAGAUCCUCAGUUCAAGCAGUCUUCUGGAUCCUUGAACCUUACAGGUCCUCCCACGAUACCAAAAGUGACUAUAAAGAGGAGAUCUAGUGUCCCCAUCCUUCCCACUUCUUCCAUUGUGCCCAUUCUACCUGAGAGUCCUGAGAACGACAAAAAGGGGAGAACGAGGUACAGUGUGCCUCCCACCCUGAACUGCCCUAACAAGAAAACAGCCUCAGUUCACAGAAUUCUCCCGCAGUGUGUACAUGAGGCUAGUUUCAUGAACAGCACUUGGGGGGAUUCAGAGAGCUCUACUAACACUUCUGAUGAAAUAUGGUCUUUAUUGUGUUCCAUACUGAAAAGAUAUUCCAGCCUGUCAUCCCUGGAUAUGUCCGAAGCUAGCCUUAACAUAUCAAAGUACAAGGUGUCCUCACAGGAUGUUUUAUCUCAUCACACCUCUAAGGAGGAAAUUCAGUGCAGAGACAUCAGCAUAUCAGAUGAAUACACCUGCUCAUCUAUCUCACAAACCUCACUUCAGGAGGACUUCAGAGGACAGCCCCACAGUGUGGCUAUAGCUAGUCUGAGCUUUGAAAAGACCACCAGCUCAUCUCUUUCACAAAGCACAUCUCAGGAGGAUCUCAGUGCACAGCCCCACAGUGUGGCUAUAGCUAGUCUGAGCUUUGAAAAGACCACCAGCUCAUCUCUUUCACAAAGCACAUCUCAGGAGGAUCUCAGUGCACAGCCCCACAGUGUGGCUAUAGCUAGUCUGAGCUUUGAAAAGACCACCAGCUCAUCUCUUUCACAAAGCACAUCUCAGGAGGAUCUCAGUGCACAGCCCCACAGUGUGGCUAUAGCUAGUCUGAGCUUUGAAAAGACCACCAGCUCAUCUCUUUCACAAAGCGCAUCUCAGGAGGAUCUCAGUGCGCAGCCCCACAGUGUGGCUACAGCUAGUCUGAGCUUUGAAAAGACCACCAGCUCAUCUCUUUCACAAAGCACAUCUCAGGAGGAUCUCAGUGCACAGCCCCACAGUGUGGCUACAGCUAGUCUGAGCUUUGAAAAGACCACCAGCUCAUCUCUUUCACAAAGCACAUCUCAGGAGGAUCUCAGUGCACAGCCCCACAGUGUGGCUACAGCUAGUCUGAGCUUUGAAAAGACCACCAGCUCAUCUCUUUCACAAAGCGCAUCUCAGGAGGAUCUCAGUGCACAGCCCCACAGUGUGGCUACAGCUAGUCUGAGCUUUGAAAAGACCACCAGCUCAUCUCUUUCACAAAGCGCAUCUCAGGAGGAUCUCAGUGCACAGCCCCACAGUGUGGCUACAGCUAGUCUGAGCUUUGAAAAGACCACCAGCUCAUCUCUUUCACAAAGCACAUCUCAGGAGGAUCUCAGUGCACAGCUCCACAGUGUGGCUACAGCUGGUGAGGGAUAUGAAAAGACCAGGUCCUCUCUCUCACUAGCUGCACCUCAGGAGGAUCUCAGAGGACAGCCCCGCAGUGUGGCUACAGCUGUUCAGGGAUAUAUAAAGACCAGCUCAGCUUUCUCAAAAACUGCACCUCAGGAGGAUCUCAGGGCACAGGCCCACAGUGUGGCUAUAGCUGGUUCAAAGAACAACAUGAACGCACAGGAUAGAGCACCUCCAUUCUCCAUCAUGGAGCCCCAGGAUGAGGGUCCCAUUGUACAAGAAAAAGACCUCAGCCCAUCCUCUCCAGAAACAUCCCAGGGACACCUCAGUGGCCGGAGCCAGACUGCACCCAGGGCCCCCUUUAGAAAGCGAGUUUGGAAGACCCUACAGAGCAGGGUUAUAAAAGGCCUGAGAAGUUUAUGUUGCUGCUUAUCAACAGAAAAGAGGGAGCGCCUAGGCCGCAACAAAAUCCUGGCUGUGAGCUUAAAGGGCCAGGGAAGCAGCCAAGGCAACAGGUAG